AUAUGACCGGCGCUGCUACUACCUUUCUGUCAAUUUCUUCUCCUCCCUUUCUCAUUUUUCUUCGCGAUACUUAUUCAUUUUCUAUUUUCUCAUGCACCACGAAAAAUGAUUUUAUUCUCAUUUCUUGCACGAGAUAAAGACAUUCGAGAAAAGUCAGUUCUUGAAUACAAUCCUGUUUUGGACUACAUGAUGAAUCGUACAAUGGAUGAAAAGGAAGAGUUGGUCAAAAAGUCUUUAUUUAGUUUUGUGAGGAAAGAGGUACCAACUGCCCAAUUAAGCUUAAUAGAUGACAUUGUCCUGAGCUAUGUGGUGAGCAUGGUAGAAGAAAGUGCACUUGAGGAAGACUUGGACGUUGAUGGAUUAUGUGAAAUGGUUUCUGCUUGUCUUCCUGAGUUUUCUACUAUUGAAAAAGAAGCAGUAUCCAAGUGGUUAUUAGAUGUUGAAAGUAAACUACGGCAAGAAAGCAAAGGGAAUGAAAAUUGCCAACCUCAAGAUCCCUUGAGUCAUAUUAGUUUAACAGCUUUGUUACCUCCUGGUACGCAGAGAAUGAGAGUUCAUCAUCUCUCAGAAACUAGUGAUGCUGGAAGUGAUUCUAGUGGAGAAUAUUUUUCAGAAGAAUCAUCUUGGCAUCAAGUAGCACUUUUACAAGAAAUGUUCCCAGCUGCAAGUCCAGCAGAAGCCAGACAUUGCUUGGCAGUUGCUGGUGGUGAUAUAGCAAAGGCAGCACAACUUGCACUUCAUAGACAAGAAGCAGGGCAAAGUAUUGUUAGUAAUCUUACUUUUCUAACACCAAACGGUCGUAACAAGGCCAGAGUGAACGACGAGGAAUUGAAAUCACGUAUCAUUGCACGGUAUAGUUAUGUUGAUAGAGACGACGACUCACGCGAGCAUCGUCCAGUUGCACCGAAAACAGAACCAAAAAAAUUAGUACGUUACUUAGAUAAUAAGAUUGUAAGUGUGAAGGGUGAACGAUACACUGAAGUAAGAAGGGGUGGUGAAGAGGAGGAUGGCAACGAAGGUGGUAGAAAAAGAGGUCAUUGCCGACCGUAACCAGUCCCUUUGCCUCCACCCCCCGAUCCACCCCCUUGGAGGCAUCUGAUUUCGAAUUAAAGCUUUCGCUUAGAUUCUCUUGUCUUGCUUAUAAAGGAAUACGGACAGGGUCUUGAAUUUCUAUAUACUUGCAGCACUAUCUAUUUUGUACCUCUCUUUUUCAGUUGAAUUUGUUUUAUCCACAAUGACUUUUAUUGAUUUUAGAAUUAUUUUUAUGCGUGAUAUUAUAAUCAUUGUGAUCUGUCGCAAAAGUCUUGGAGCACUUUAAAAAACCGCAAAUAACUUGCCGUUCAUAGUGUGGACUAAUGAAAACGGUAUAUCGCUAAUGUUAUUAAUUAUUAUUAUUACGUCGCAGUUUAAGUACCUGUUAACGUAUAAUUAACUUACGUUUGAAACUUUUUAUUUUUUACCGCAAUAACUUUAUAUAAUUGUCACAAAAUAAAUUUAUGAUUUUUAGCUUAGAGAAACUUUUAUGGCAGCGAACUUAUAGGUAAAUCUUAAAAUACAAGACAUAAUUUCGUAAUGUUUUGUUGUUUUUCAAGAGUUUUUUAGAUUUUAAAUUUUCUUUAAUUAAAGAAUUUAUGAACACAUGAUUACACUAUAAGUUCGUUUACUAAACUUAUAAUUCAAUUUCUGCGAUACAAUGUCGAUAAUUUUACUUAUUAUUUUCAAACGCAUACACUCCUUUAUUAUUAAAAUAGUAUACACAUUUUAUUUAUUAAACAUGUUGUGUGUCCCAUGCUCUUCAGUGAAUAUCGAACUGUUGUUAUAUUAACUAUUAUCAUUAAGACUAUGAUAUGUGCUGAUAUAUCUUGGAAUAUAUUACAAUUACAUAUUUUAUAAUGUUAACUAAUAAGAUUAGUUCAGUUGAUUGUUUCUAAACGUUACUGAAUUUGAGUAAAAUCUCUAUCUCUGUCUCUCUCUCUCUCUCUCUCUUAGACUCGUACUAUGUAUGUAAUGAAAAGUACGUAAGAACGAUAAAAUGAUAAGUGGUAUAUCUUUGCAAGGAGUUCGGUUUCUUGCAAAAACACUAAAAAUAAAAUGAUAUAUAACAAAAAAAAAAGUUUAGGAAUUUUUAUGUGCACACUUACUUGGAAAAAAACUGAAAAAAUUCCAAAUAAAUAAUUAUUCUAAGCAUGCAUAGUUAUAAUUAUUAUCUACAAAUAUAAUCGAAAUUUACCAAAAGUUUAAUACAAUAUUAAUUGUAAAAAGAAAAAAUAUCGUGCAAGUAAAUACUGCGUGCAUACUGAAUCUCUUGGUAUCGCAGAAAAAAAAUUAUAAUCAAGUUGUAGAUUUCGGAUAAUAAAUUGUAGUAUAUGUAUUAGGUAGGAAGAAAUAUAUAUAGUAUAUAUAUACAUACACACAAAUAUACAUACAUAUAUAUGUAUGUAUUAUACAUACAUAUAUAUCUAUUUAUAUAUAUAAACAGAUAUUAUAUAUACAUGUAAUAGAUACGUAAGCGGGAUGAAAAAAUUGCUUACCGCGCCAUAUAAUUUACCAGUAUUACUAUUGUUAUUGCUAUUAUUGCAAAUUUCAAAAUGUAGAUGGAUAUAAUCCUUUAAAUCUUAGGAUAUUAAUAAAGUCGAGUGAUUACUUGCAAUAAUAUAUGUACACUAGGAAGUGAAGUUUAAUAAUGAAUUCAUAGAGACACCAACUUUUGACGAUCGUAUAUCGUGAUUUGACACAACAAGAAACGUAAUUGAUCAGAAAUAUAAAUUUAUAUUUUCAUAUUUUUUAAUUAAGCCCAUUGAUACGCUGUUUAAGGAGUCACUGGUGUCAUUGAAUUUUAUUUAUUACAUUUAUUAAUUCAUUUUAUUAAGUGCGUGUCUUUCUUAUUAAUGUAUUUGUUUAUAAAACUCUUGUUUUAAUUAUUUGAUAAUUUUAAUAAAAAGAAAAAGAAGAAAACUAUAUAUAUACAUAUAUAUGUAGUUUUAACUUAUAUAUAUAAGUAUAUUGAAAGAACUUGAGCCGCUCCUUGCCAUAGGUGAUUUAUAAUAAUGCUACAGAGGAGUCACAUUAUUUCUAAUAAUUGUAAUUACCGAAUGAUGAAUAUAUAUUCACUGUAAACUAAAUAUACUCUACUGCCGAUUAAUUUCAGACAGAACAAUGUUGCUGUAAGAUUUCCGAAAGUAUGUGUAAUAGAAUAAGAUAGCAAUAUAUUAAAAAAAAUAUUAAAAAGAGAAAAAAAUAAAAAAAAUAUAAAGAAAAGUGACAAAAAUAAAAAGAAUAGGAUAAGAUGAGCAAUUACUAUAAACUGGGACACUUCAGUUUCUUGCGAAUUUUGCUGUAUUCCCUUUGAUGUAACAUAUGAGUAUUUUUAAUUAGCAAUAUUGAUUACAUGUAAUCUGUUAUUAUGAAUGUGCAAUUAAGAUCGUAUAUAAAAAUUAGGAUUUAUUCAUA